AUGAAAAAGCCUAGGCCCGAGGCCCUUCCGAUUGCUAAAUGCAAGCGCAUCGUUCGGCCCCUCCUUGCUAAGAUCCACGUACUCUCUGACUUGUACCAAAAAUAUCCCUCCAAAUUUGAUUUCGAUGUCGCCCAGUUCACAAAGGAUGCACGCAAAAACACGAGAGAGAAGAAAAGCUUGGAAUCUGCUGCUUCGCAUCUUGCCAGCCUUAAACCAUACCUACUGUCCGAGCUUCAUCGGGCAUACACUGAGAUAUUUGCCAUCUUCAGGAACAUAUACACUAGUCUUUACGGAUCUAGUGUACCAGAGAAAAGACUUUCCAAGCUUUCUACGCUUGCUGCUGCGAAAUUGGGGGAAACAGUUGCCCUUGGAACAAAAUCGAGCUUCUAUCGGCUUAGCCAGGCCCGCCUCUUCGAUGCGGAUACAAUACCGGCGAACCUUCGGAGAUUCCACAGUGAACUAGCGAACGACAUCGAAGAAUGGCUCGACAUAGACCCGGAACAGGUUACUGGCCGGUACAGAAACCAUAUCGUAGCGGGAUAUGUUGUUCACGUGCUAGUUUUCUCUCUGCAGCCAGUUUUGUUUAUGCUUCUUCCAGUUUUGGCUCUUUACCUCCAUGAACAAGGGGACAACACGCUUCUGAGAUUACUCUUUCACGAAUUCUGGAGCUUCCUGCCCCAGGAUGUGCAUGUUAAAUUAGGUGUACAGGGCCCCGACUCUUCAAAAGCCCUUAUUUGGUCGCUUCAUUCCAGCGGGUACUGGGAAAGGCUAAUUCUGCACCUUGGAGUAGCUUCAAGCUGGAAAUCUGUUAACAUUUACGACGGUAUGCUACUAGACGGAAUGGCGCUGUGUGUAAAAGUCGAGAAUGCUCCGAAAGGUCUAGUUUUGGAGCUUUUGGGUCGCAAUCCGCAAAACCCGAAUAACCCAGCCAUCUUGAUGGGAUUGUUUGCUGACAUUAUUCACCUAACAAAGCAGGGCCUCCGGAAUAGCUCUACGUCUCACAAAACACUAGAAACGCUUACUUCAGCGUACUCAGACACAAGAAAUUUUGUCCAGGAAUGGCUACCGCUAAACCGGAAGGCAAUAUUCAAUUCGCAAGACAAAGGCAACCGGCAACUUUUCGAAGCCAUCAAACUGCUUCUCCGUUAUAUUCUUGGGCGUGCCACUGGUGCUAUAGCAUAUUUGAAUAAAGUGGUGGAUUCAAAUUCUUCACGGAAAGCACAAGAGAUGCUUCGCCGGUUCAAGUUUCUUUAUUACCAUGUGGACUUGAUGUCUGUAGUCACGGGUCUUUUUGAAGCUUAUUACCUCUGUUUGAACGAACCUCCGACUCUUGAGGGGCUGAAACAAACGGCCGUGGCCGAAUUUCUUGUUGAUUUGGUACAAGCAAGAGCUGAGGACCAGGAAGUCGCAGCCUUUUUGGUUUGGAUGGCCAAGGCUGACUCCAAAGAACUAAGUGAAUUGAGUCGUAAAUGCGCCUCCCAACUAUAUGACGAUGAAUGGCUGGGCCGAGAUCUUAAGAGGGCGUAUCGCCUUCUUCAUGGAAAUAAGUAG